AUGCGAAUACCAUAUGAUCAUACCUACGCAUGGUCGGACUCGCAGAUAGUGUUAGCUUGGGUUCGAGGAGAUCCAUUAAGAUGGAAACCAUACGUCAAAAACCGCGUAAUUGAGAUCAGCAAUACAAUCCAAACUACCUGGUCUUACGUCGGCACUAAAGAAAAUCCUGCCGAUCCAGCAUCCCGAGGAGUAGUACCUGAAAAACUAAAGGACAACGAAUUAUGGUGGUCAGGACCAUCAUAUUUAAAGCAAAGAGAUUACGAGAUACCUACCUGCAAAGUUCCUGAGACUGACGUCGAGAGACGAGAAAUUAUAACCUGUGCUACAAUGACAGUAAAACCAUAUAAUGAAGACGUCAUACUAAGCCUAUUACGAAGAUAUUCGUCCCUGAAAAAACUGGUCGCAGUAGUUGCCUGGAUCUUGAGAUGGCUGCACCUGAAAAGAGAAAAAAUUAGUAAAGAUAACUUACCUGCAUUUGUGAAUUAUGAAGAACGUAAAAAGGCACUUACCACUUGUAUCAAACUUUCCCAGAAAGUAGAAUUUGCCGAAGAGAUUGAACAAUUGAGAAACGGAAAGCCGUUGAUGAACAGAAGCCGUUUAUCAUCACUUACCCCUUUUCUAGAUGAACAAGGUGUGUUAAGAGUUGGAGGACGCCUGAAACAUGCAGACUUGGAUUUUUUGAGCAAACAUCCGAUUAUAAUAUCGAAGAAUAAUGCACUCUUGCAGCUGAUUCUUGUUGAGGCUCAUGAGAAAACUCUGCAUGGCGGACCACAAAUGAUGGUAACUCACCUUAGAACGAGAUAUUGGUUAAUUGACGCUGGUAAUUCGGUGAAAAAAUUCGCAAGAAAUUGUAUGACGUAUGCCAGACAGAGAACCGUCACAAGAACACAAUUAAUGGGCGCUUUACCUGAAUGUCGAGUGAAACCUUCACGACCGUUUUCUAUCACUGGAGUUGACUUUGCCGGUCCUAUUAACGCUAGACUGAGUAAAGGACGAGGAAGCAAAUCAUUUAAAGCGUAUAUUAGCUUAUUCAUAUGUAUGGUCACCAAAGCCAUUCACAUUGAACUAGUCAGUGAUAUGACAACCGAGGCGUUCAUGGCUGCGUACCGAAGAUUUACUUCGAGAAGAGGUAUUUGCAAAGAGAUGUGGAGCGACCACGGUACCACAUUCGUCGCUGCAAGCAAAGUACUGAUGGAGAUGUGGAAGCAAGGGAGAGCAAGUGUACCCGAGGAGCUUAGAUCAUUGCUGGACAAAGAAGGCACAAAAUGGAAAUUCAUACCCCCGGGAGCCCCAAAUUUCGGAGGUUUAUGGGAAGCGGGUGUAAAAUCUAUUAAAUUCCAUUUGAAGCGCACAAUGGAAGAUUCGACUCUUACGUUUGAAGAGCUGAACACGUUGCUCAUACAGAUAGAGGCAACCUUAAACUCAAGACCUUUGUCGCCAAUCAGUGAUGACCCCAGAGAUUUAGAGCCGCUUACCCCUGCUCAUUUUUUAGUCGGAGAACCCCUCAACACUAUUCCCGAGCGACCCCUUCUGGACGUUAAAAUGCAUUCUUUAACGAGAUGGCAAUUAAUUCAAGUAAUGACACAAGCCUUUUGGAAAAAAUGGUAA